AUGGGUAACGAAUGGGAAGGUGGUGAUGUUGAAAAAGGUGCCAAAAUCUUCAAAACAAAAUGUGCUCAAUGCCAUGUCGUAGAAAAAGGUGCUGGUAAUAAACAAGGACCUAAUCUUCAUGGUUUAUUUGGUCGACAAACUGGUCAAGUACCGGGCUUCGCCUAUAGUGAUGCUAAUAAAAGCAAAGGAAUUACAUGGGCUGAAGAUACACUUUGGGUCUAUUUAAAAGAUCCAAAGAAAUACAUUCCUGGUACAAAAAUGAUCUUUGCUGGUUUGAAGAAAGAAGAAGAACGAAAAGAUUUAAUUGCUUAUUUAAAAGACGCUACAAAAUAA